AUGGAGAACCGACGAUGGAUGCCCAAAGGAGAAGCCAUAGCUUCAUCAGCAACUCCCUUUGUGCACUUUUACCUGCUGAUUCUGAUUGUUGUUCUUCUUGCUCCUCGUCUCGGCGGCUCCUCCCAGUACACCGGCUACACCCGUGGCGGCAAGCAUUUCGUCAUCAGUUCAUCCGACGCACAACGUCCACCACCACCGACGUCCUGCUCUACCAUUUCUUUAUUCAAACACGGCGGUGGAAUGGCAAGACCAGAUAGUUCAUUUAUUUCUUCCGGAGAUGGCGGAAUAGCAAGAAAUUUGCCCGUACUCCAUCAACUAAGCCCAUGCUCUCCCCUCAACACGUCUACGCUUGCUCGUCGUGACUUUCUCCGACGCAGUGGCAGCCUAGGUCAUCCACACUCACGGCUACUUAACUCCGGUGCGACCAUCCCAACCACUGCCAUUCCCUUCCCGACUCUCCGGGGCGCUUCCGAGUUCCACGUAGUUGUCGGCUACGGCACUCCGGCGCAAAAGCUCGCCGUAUCAUUUGAUAGCACACUGGGAGCCACCCAUGCGUGGCACCAUCGAUGGGCGACCUCGACACCUGCUACAACUUCACUGGUCUGA